AUGGAGACUAUCCUCAUAGCACAUGAUCUAUGGGAUGUAGUAGAGGUCGGAGUACAACCUAAACCGAUUCUCGAGGAGGAAGAAGGCUUUGGAGGUGAAGGAAGUGAGGUUGAGCAAGUUCCAGUGGAAGCACCACCAUCUCCAGAGAAGACAAAAUCAAAAACGCCAAGAAAUGAAAAGACUGCAAAAGGAGCUUGGGAUAUUCUGAGAAGAGAGUUCAGAGGAGAUAAAAAAGUAAGAGGUGUAAAAUUUCAAGCAGUUAGAGCAAAUUUUGAGUAUAUGAGAAUGACAGAUGGUGAAAGCCUAGAUAACUAUUUGGUUAGCUUUUUUGGAAUUGUGAAUAAUUUGAAAUCACUUGGUGAAGAUGUGUCUGAACAAAGAAUUGUGCAAAAACUAUUGAUGAGUCUAAGUAGAAAGUAUAAGUCCAUUGUGUCUAUCAUUGAGGAAACUCGAGAUUUGGAUGCUAUUAGAGUUGAAGAGGUCAUUGCAUCAGUCAAGGUCUAUGAUAAAAGGGAAGACUUGACUGAUGAAAGAGAUAAAUUGACAGGAAAUGAGAGAGCCUUUAGUAGCCUCAGGGUUGGAAAUAACCAAGUCACUGGUACCUAUAAGGGUUCAUAG